AGGUGUGUAGAUUUUUGAGGUGGCAAUUGUAUAUAUUGUUACAUUGUUGUACAAAUAAUACAUUUCCCCCCUUUUAUUAUUAAAAAUAUUCAAAAGAAGUGACUAUGUUUUUUCCUGCAACCCAAGCAUAGGAGUCCUGAAACAUAGGGAGAAAUACUAUGUUUUCAGCUCCAAGGAGGCAUGUUUAAGAUUUGGAUCCAAACCAGAUGAGUACAUAGCCCAUGUGGCAGAGAAAGCAAAGCGGUCCCCUGAGCUUAUCCAGCUCCUCCAACUGCCCGUGUCACUCCACAUUCUGAGAUCCAGUCAGGGGAGAGACUGUUGGUAACAGCAGCACUCAGGUGGACACGUAUUUGUUGUAAACCAACAUUGUGACGUUUUUUUCCAAGACAAUCUUCAUAGUAAAGUGGCCCACUCAAUGCAGGCUAAUCUAAUUCACACGAGGAGGGAUAAUGUCACCCAAACCUACCUCCCCGAAGAUGGUGCGUGCCAGUGCAAGAGGGAUAGCAAGAGCAACGUCCCCAAACCUAAUUUUCCACCGCUGAAUAGUGGUAUAUAGGUGUAGUGGUGCAAUUUAUUUCCUUUUUAUUUUUGUAUCACAAAAUGUAACGUGAGCGGCCACCACACUCCCGCACUCUAGGUGGCGGCAUGCACAAACAAAUGUGCGAACGCCAUGAUACCAAAGAAGAAGAAGACGACCUUAUUCAGGAUUUCAUAUCUGAUAAUCAUACUUGUGAUGUUCAGUCAGACGUGUCGUCAGACAGACACAUCGGUAGGUGAUCACGUUAAGUACCCAAGCAUUCGUCUGACAACGGAUCACAACAAUCAAGUUAACCAUGGCUAACGAGCCAGUGAGUGUGAUGUUCAAGGUCUACUGUCUGUCAGUGAUGACACUGGUGGCAGCAACUUACACCGUGGUAUUACGAUACACAAGGACAGUAUCAUCAACAGCUAUGUACUUCUCUACAACAGCAGUAUGCAUCACGGAAGUUAUUAAAUUGUUCUUGAGCCUUGGGAUGUUGACCAAAGAAACUGGCAGCUUUGGCAGGUUAAAAGCGUCCAUAGUUGAACAUGUAUUUUGGAGUCCAAAAGAUCUGCUGAAACUGAGUGUUCCCUCUGUGGUCUAUGCAGUUCAGAAUAACAUGGCCUUUAUUGCCUUGAGCAAUCUUGACGCAGCUGUGUAUCAGGUGACCUAUCAAUUGAAGAUCCCUUGCACAGCCUUGUGCAUGGUCCUCAUGCUGAACCGCUCUCUCAGCAGGCUGCAGUGGUUCUCAGUCUUUAUGCUGUGUUUAGGCGUCACACUGGUCCAGUGGAAACCGGCAGAGGCCACUAAAGUCCAGGUGGAGCAGAACCCAUUUUUGGGGUUUAUGGCCAUUGCUGUGGCUGUGUUGUGCUCCGGGUUUGCAGGUGUGUACUUUGAGAAGGUCCUAAAGAGCUCAGACACAUCCCUAUGGGUGAGGAACAUCCAGAUGUACCUGUCUGGCAUUGUGGUCACCCUCGCUGGAGUUUACAUGACUGAGGGCGCUCAGGUCAUAGAGAAUGGCUUCUUCUACGGUUACACGCCUUGGGUGUGCUUUGUAGUCUUUUUGGCCAGUGUGGGUGGUUUGUACACCUCAGUGGUGGUGAAGUACACAGACAAUAUCAUGAAAGGCUUCUCUGCUGCAGCCGCCAUCGUUCUCUCUACUGUGGCAUCCGUCACUCUGUUUGGGCUACAGAUAACUGCUACCUUUGCUUGUGGAGCAAUGCUGGUGUGUGUCUCCAUAUACCUUUAUGGACUUCCGAAACAAGACACCACCAAGCUUCCAAGAGCAGACACAGACAAGGAGGCCAGGCAGAAACUGAUCACUGUUUGAAGCCUGGGUCUGGAAUAGCAAAGGUUUAUGCUCUUUCCUGACCUCUGUGUUGGAGCUGCCCAUGAGGCCCUCUUUCACACUGUGGUCUACUGUUGUCCCAUAAGAGCGUCGGCAAGGAACUUCAAUAAUCUAGAUGAAUCAUUAUAUCAGUAAUGAUGGAGCAUAAAGUAAGGGAAAUGUGGCGCUGAGGCAGGAUGUAUACAUAGAAAAUAAAUACCAUUUGGGUUUUUAUUCCUUC